GUGAUCCGGUGUGCUUCCAGAGAAGAAGAAAUCCUUACCCCGUAACCGGAAAGGACCUCACUUAGUGUGGUGUGUUGUGUUGGAAAAGGACUUUUGUCGAAACAAGAAAAACCAAAAAACCAAAACGAAAGACGCAAAUCAAAAUAUACAAGAUGAAUCCUGUGUUACGAUCAGUGUGUGCCGUGGUGGUGCUAAGUGCGGUGGUCCUGGGUGCCACCGAGGAUUACCAAAGCCAAGGAUUACGUGCCAUCGUGCGGGUUUACGACGAGUGCUCCAAGGCCGAGGCCGGUUUUGCGCCGUGUCUCAAGAAGCGCGCCAUCACCUUCAUCGAUCGGUUGAGCCGCGUCGAUACGCUGGCCGUCGGCGACAUGAAGAUCGUCCGCAACGAGCGGGCCAUCGCCGUCGAGAGCAAACCGCUGACCGAGCUGGAGCUGGAGCAAACCCUGCCGCGGGGACUGGAAGCACGGGAUGAAGCACUGACCAACAUCCUGCUGGAGAAGAUUGCCGGAGUGUUCAGCAGCCGGACGAUUCAGAUUAGUCUGCCCAAGCUGUCGAGCGACGAACUUGGCCGCGGGCUGGAAGAAGGUCGUGGCAAGAUGAAGAAGAUGAUGAGCAUGAUGAUGAUGGGCUUCAUGAUGAAGAUGGCCGCCAUGGUGCCGGUUGCUAUCGCUGGAUUGUACCUGCUCGCCGGUAAGGCUCUGAUCGUGUCGAAGAUCGCCCUGCUGUUGGCCGGUAUCAUCGGACUGAAGAAACUGGUCGCCAGCAAGCAGCAGGGAGGCGGCGGCGGCGGCGGUGGCUGGUCCAGCGGUGGCUCGGGACACAGUGGCGGCUGGGACAGGCGGUCUGCUGACGUUGCUGCUGCUGCUGCCGCUCAGAACUUGGCCUACAACGCGUACGCUGCCAAGAACCAGGCAUAGUUCUCC